AUGAAAGAGGGUGCCUCUACUGUAAGAAGAUGGAAGGAUCUGGACACUGACUUAUUGGUGAAAAUCUUCCUAUGUUUUGAUGUUUUACAGUUGACUUUAGGCAUUGCUCACGUUUGUAAUUCAUGGCAUUCAGCUUGCUGUGAUCCUCUACUUUGGAAAACUCUUGAUUUGUCAAUGUUGAGAUCAAAUUUUAUCAAAAUCCUAUUAGAGUCAUAUGUUUAUGUGGAUGAAUUUUCUGAUAAGGCAUUGACUUGUUUGUUGAAAAUUUCGUUGAGUCUUAGUAGGGGACAGAUAAGAACCUUGAUUUUUCACUUCAAUUUGUAUGCAGGGGACGAACAAUUUACUUAUAUUGCUGAAAGGUGCCCCCAUCUGAGGCAUCUCGUUAUGCCAGCUUGGAAUAGAAUAAAGAAGGAUGUAAUUUGCAAGGCCAUUCGUACAUGGAGAUCUCUCAAAUCCCUGACAAUGCCUAGUAUAGUAAAUCCGCCUUAUCUUAUAAAGGAAAUAGCUGUAAAUUGUAAGAACUUCAAUGAACUCAAGAUCAUGGGUCCUUUUGAUGUUCUCUUUGCUUCUAUGAUAGUCAGAUUUCUUCCAAAUUUAAAGGUUUUGAGCUUGAGAUGCUCAUCGAUAGUUAAGGAUGCCCUAUUGCUUAUAUUGGAUGACCUACCAAAUCUGAAAGUCCUCAACAUAUCACAUAGUCUUCUUAUAGAAGGUCCACUUCUUUCUCCAGUGAUGCUCGAAAAAAUUAUUAAGAAGCCAGAUAAAAUUAUCUUGGAAAAGGCUGCUCGAUUACGUGAGUUCUUAACAUGUAUUGAGCACUCGUGCAUCAUGUGCCAGUGUACUCGAAGUGAUGAAGGCUUUAUGAGGUGGUACAAGUAUGAGGAAGGUCUAUCGAAAAUGGAUGAGGCAAGGUCUCUUGCUCUUUGA